AUGGUACCACUAUUAUAUAAAAAGAACCCUAAACAAGUUCAAUGUUUAAACAAAGAUAGAAAACUAGUAAAAUGCGCUGAUGUCGAUCUCUGUGUAAGUAUUUCUUGGAUUUAUGAAAAGCACUUUGAAUAUCAGUGUCAAGUGCCUCCCGAAAAUGGAAUUAAACUGUAUAUUGAUAAUCACUUUAUACCAGACGUCGCGAAGAAACUUCUUUAUAAACAAAGGAUUCAAUACAUAUGCAAUUAUAAUCAAUGUAAUAAUCAAACCAUUGGUAAUAAAGUCAUCCAAAAGGUCGAACAAAUCUACGAUAUUUCUGCAAUAAAAAGACAACUACACAUUGUUGAUGAACAAACAACUGAGCAACAAGCAUCCACCACAAUAUUAUUCACAACAAAUGCCAUGAUCGACACAACAACAUCGACAGACAUACCCAUGUCUUCCCCAUCUGUUUUCGUCGUAAAUGAUCCAUCAUCUUCAUCAGCACAGUUUGAGACUUUAUCAUCAAGAGUAUCAAAUAGUACUCAUUUCACCAGCGAGGGGAAAACGUUCACUAUUAAUGAUUUGACAUCAAUGGAUACACGUCCAAUGAAAAGUCGAAGUGCACAACAAUUGAUGACGAUUCCUAUAUACUUUAUCGUUCAUCUUAUUGAAAUUUCUUUUUAUCACAUAUAA